AAUUACUUGGUGAUGUACUGAAAGAUCAGCCGCAGGAAGCAGAUGGGAUUGACUCAGUAAUUGUCGUGGAUAAUGUUCCCCAGGUUGGACCAGACCGACUUGAGAAACUGAAGAAUGUCAUCCACAAAAUAUUUUCCAAGUUUGGUAAAAUUAUCAAUGAAUUUUAUCCAGAAGCAGAUGGGAAGACAAAAGGAUAUAUCUUUCUGGAGUACAUGUCUCCAUCUCAUGCAGUGGAUGCUGUGAAGAAUGCAGAUGGAUACAAACUGGAUAAACAACACACUUUCAGAGUCAACCUUUUCACAGACUUCGAUAAGUACAUGACAAUCAGUGAUGAAUGGGAAAUCCCUGAGAAACAGCCAUUUAAAGAUCUGGGCAAUCUCCGAUACUGGUUGGAAGAUCCUGAUUGUAGGGAUCAAUACAGUGUGAUCUUUGAGUCAGGAGACCGGACCUCCAUUUUUUGGAAUGAUAUCAAGGAACCUGUGCAAAUUGAGGACAGAGCAAGGUGGACAGAAACCUACGUACGUUGGUCCCCAAAGGGCACCUACUUAGCUACCUUCCACCAGAGAGGUAUCGCGCUUUGGGGCGGAGAGAAGUUCAAGCAGAUUCAAAGGUUUAGUCACCAGGGAGUACAGCUCAUUGACUUCUCACCCUGUGAAAGGUAUUUAGUGACCUUCAGCCCUUUGAUGGACACACAGGAUGACCCUCAGGCUAUUAUCAUCUGGGACAUUCUGACUGGGCAGAAGAAGCGAGGAUUCCACUGUGAAAACUCAGCUCACUGGCCUAUUUUUAAAUGGAGUCAUGAUGGUAAAUUCUUUGCUCGAAUGACUUCAGAUACCCUCAGCAUCUAUGAAACACCUUCUAUGGGCUUGUUGGACAAAAAAAGCUUGAAAAUCACUGGGAUAAGAGACUUCUCAUGGUCUCCAGGUGGCAACAUAAUUGCUUUCUGGGUGCCUGAGGACAAAGACAUCCCAGCAAGAGUGACUUUGAUGCAGCUGCCUUCUAGACAAGAAAUUCGUGUGCGAAAUCUCUUCAAUGUUGUAGAUUGUAAACUACACUGGCAGAAGAACGGGGAUUACCUGUGUGUGAAGGUAGACAGGACUCCCAAAGGCACACAGGGAGUAGUGACCAACUUUGAAAUAUUCAGAAUGAGAGAGAAACAGGUGCCAGUGGAUGUGGUGGAAAUGAAAGAAAGCAUCAUAGCCUUUGCUUGGGAACCAAAUGGAAGCAAGUUUGCUGUGUUGCAUGGAGAAACUCCACGAAUUUCAGUUUCCUUUUACCAUGUUAAAAACAAUGGGAAAAUAGAACUCAUAAAAACGUUUGACAAACAGCAGGCAAACACGAUAUUCUGGAGUCCUCAAGGGCAGUUUGUAGUGUUGGCCGGCCUCAGAAGCAUGAAUGGUGCCUUAGCAUUUGUUGAUACAUCUGACUGCACCAUGAUGAAUAUAGCUGAACACUAUACAGCUUCAGAUGUGGAAUGGGAUCCUACAGGCAGAUAUAUUGUGACUUCUGUGUCUUGGUGGAGCCAUAAGGUGGACAAUGCAUAUUGGUUAUGGACGUUCCAAGGCCGUCUGCUUCAGAAAAACAACAAAGACAGGUUCUGUCAGUUGCUGUGGAGACCACGACCAGCUACCUUGCUCAGUGAGGAUCAGAUAAAGCAAAUUAAGAAGGACCUGAAGAAAUACUCAAAGAUAUUUGAGCAGAAGGAUCGCCUGAGCCAGUCCAAAGCUUCAAAGGAACUAGUGGAAAGGAGACGUACAAUGAUGGAAGAGUUCAGAAAGUACCGCAAGAUGGCACAGAAAUUGUACAUGGAGCAGAGGAAUGAGCGUUUAGAGCUUCGAGGAGGGGUAGACACAGAUGAGCUGGACAGCAAUGUCGAUGACUGGGAGGAGGAGACUGUUGAAUUUUUUAUCAAUGAAGAAAUUAUUACCCUUGCAGAACCAGAGUAAUUAAUUAAACUGUGCACCACCAGAUCUUGUGCUGAAAAGAAGUUUGUUCAUUUUCAGAAAGCCUGCAUCAACUUUGGAAUUUGUAAUCCAUAUUCUUGCACUCUGGAAGGGUGGAUGCACCAGAUUUUCUCCAUUCUGACACAUUGUAGUGCCUUUAAGUCUUGCUGCCUGCUGCAGUGAGACACUGGGAAGGCGCUGCUUUAAAUUCUAUUAUUUUUUUAGGGGUUUUGUUUUUGGUUUUUUCUUUUUUAAAUCCACUACUACCAGUAUUUACUUCCAGACUCCCUGUGCAGUACUUGCCAACUGGUAGGUUUUGGCUAUUGCCAGCGAGGUGAGAUUCACCGGUGCACCUCUUAGACACACGAUGUUUCUGUUUCAGGACUCUUUCUAUGUCCCAAGUGCAUGGACAAGUGUUCAUUUUGUUUGGGGAAAAGUCAACAGAACCAUUUUUCGUAUGAUGUGUUUUAGUGUGCUGAAGCAGCACUACAGUGGGCUAUAUCCUCCUCCUUUCAGAUUGUGAAAGGAUGUCUCCCUCAAAGAGCUGAAUAUGGAAAUAAAAGCAGACCUAUACUAAAACCA